GCAGCAGUACAAACCUCCUGUCAUGCUUUAGGAGGAACACACACACACACACACACGCUAGCUGGACUGAACUGAGCCCAGCCCCACCUCAGGAGGAGGCAGUGCUCGCUCUCUAGGUGUCUGGACUGAGAGCAGAACGCAUUUGAUUCAUCUGAUCAUCUUCGAGAGCCUUUAAUUCUCAGUCUCAGCGACAGACAGACAACAACACGAGUCAUGGAGACCAGACUGUCCUCCAGCUAGCUAACUGCUAUCUACCCGGAGUCCGAAAACAUGCGCUAGACAGGGCUGUAUAAGAAGACUCCUGUUUCCUGUUUUCACUGGAGUGGCACUACGGUCACAUCUGGCCAUCAGCAGCUGAAAUGCAGACUUUCCUGAGAGGCAGACGAGUGGGCUAUUGGCUCAGCGAGAAGAAGAUGAAGAAACUCAAUUUCCUGGCCUUUGCAGAGAUGUGCAGGAAAAGAGGGAUAGAUGUUGUACAGCUUGACCUGAGUCAGCCAUUAGAGGAGCAGGGUCCCCUGGACGUCAUCAUUCACAAGCUAACGGACCUGAUCCUGGAGGCGGACCAGAAUGACACCCAGUCGCUGCUGCUGGUCCAGCGUGUGCAGGAUUAUAUUGACGCUCACCCAGAGACCAUUAUUCUUGACCCACUUCCAGCCAUCCGAACUCUGCUGGAUCGCUGCAGGUCCUACCAGCUGGUGCACAGGAUAGAGGACUGUAUGAGAGAUGUGAGGAUCUGUUCUCCUCCGUUUAUGGUGCUGAACAGUGAGUGUGGGCCAGACACACUGGAGCAGAUCGAGCGGCACGGUCUUACAUUCCCUUUCAUUUGCAAAACACGGGUUGCUCACGGAACUAACUCUCAUGAGAUGGCUAUAAUAUUCAACGCCGAGGACCUAAAGGACGUGAAGCCCCCAUGUGUCAUUCAGAGUUUUAUUAACCACAAUGCCGUGCUCUACAAGGUGUUCGUGGUGGGAGAAUCGCACACUGUGGUGGAGAGACCAUCACUCAAGAACUUCCCUUCUGGACCGUCUGACAGAAAAGCGAUUUUCUUCAAUAGCCACAAUGUGUCCAAGCCAGAGUCGUCCUCUGACCUCACAUCUAGAGAUAAUGUAGAAGGUGUUUCCCAGCCCCCGAAUGAUGAUGUCAUCAGGGAACUGUGUAAAUCUCUACGGGAAGCUCUCGGGGUUUCGCUCUUCGGGAUCGACAUCAUCAUCAACAACCAGACGGGCCAACAUGCAGUCAUUGACAUCAACGCAUUCCCUGGAUAUGAGGGUGUUCCUGAGUUCUUCAAUGACCUCCUCAACCACAUCAUCAGCGUCCUCCAAGACCACGCCUCCAAUGAGCCCUCGGCCCCGCCCCCGUCCGGCCAGCUGCCCGCUUUAGGAGUCCCCCCCCAGGAGUGCUGUGGCAUGCUGGGUAAGGAGUCGGACAGCAGCCCCUGGAUCGUGGAGGGGGACGGGGGUCUGAAAGGCCCUCGUCAGAGACUGGGCUGCAACACGGCCAUGUCCCCCAACUUCCAACAGCACUGCGUGUCCACGAUAGCCACUAAAGCCUCGUCGCAAUGACUGUCCCGUCCCACGCCAUCCUUCCCUGAACAAAUUGUGAAGACAGAGUGAAUAAUAUACAGUAACAAUAAUAACUAUUAUACUGAUAAAAUAUAUCUGUAAUCAAAAAUAAACUAUAUUGGGAAUCAUAA